GAAACCACGUAAAAGCUUCGUUUUUUUUGCAGAUUGUCAGGGUUAGCCUUGGGAGAAACCGGGUUUGAGCGACUGGAUUUGUUUGCAUAUGGUUGAUUUUUCUAUAACAAGCAAAACUGUGUUGGCUUUGAUAGUUAGAAAGCUCUCGAGCAACUAAAUUACGGCAUUUUGUUUACAGAAUUACCAUUUUCGAUAAUUUCCUUGCUUUAUUUUUGAGCCCAAUAUCGGAGUUAUAUUGAUCAUUUUCUUGAAUUUCAUAACAUCUGGCAUGUGUGUUUUUUUAAGAAAAAUCGAAAAUAAAUUUUUUUAGUUUUUUCUUUUUCUUCAAAUUAGUUAUAACCAUAAUAACAUACAUAAAUCGUUGGUCCCAGAGAGGCUCGAACUCUCGACCCUCGCGUUAUUAGCACGAUGCUCUAACCGACUGAGCUAUGGAACCUUGCAAUUGCAAAAACUCAUGGUUAUUCAAAGCAGUCUAACUUCAGCGUGUUAGAUUUAGACAGCAUAUUAAUUUAUUCCAGAAUAUUCCACAUUUAGUACUGACGAUAGGUAUAAUCGAUGCGAUAACUGUGUCACAGAAUAUUCUGGAACAAUUCAGCAAACAAGAAGACUGCAGUAGAAUGUUGUUUCUAGAAUCUUCUAAAAUUUUAUCUAUAAGUUCAUAUAAGCUGAGGAAACUCAAAUUAACAUUUCGAGUGAAAUUAAAAAUUGAAUUUGCUUAGCUUUGCAUUUGUCUACGCCAUAAAUUUCAUUUAAAUAAACUUCAUUUAAACUUCAUUUGUCUACGCCAUAAACUUCAUUGAUAAGUGUUAUUUUUGCAAAAGUACAAGCAAUCGGGAACUAAAAAGUUACAAUUCUUUGCAGCAAAAUGCAGUUUUUAAACAACAGUCAUGAUCCAUUCGGUCUGUCGUUUCCAUUUGACAAUUUUUCGCCGUAUGAAAGACGAUACAGAUCCGAUUUCAUGCCUUGGGACUACCCUGAUCUAAACCGACGAAGUCGACCCAGCUUUUCCCAGAAUCUAAACAGCCACCAGCACAAACCUCAAAGCUUUGCUCCUUCGCCACAGAACACGAAUCGGAAUCAGAUCACGUCGACGGAAACGCCUCGAAAAAAUACUCCGAAAAGAUCCCAGUCGGUAUUGGAGCAGAAAUCAUUCAACUCGGCAACUAUUUUGACAACAGACGAGGUACGAUUUCUGGGAAUGAAGGACAUGGAGAGUUUCUGGACUCAUCCUUUGGAUAUUUCCCAACUGGACCCCGAAACUAUCAGAAUAACCCUGGACGAGCUAAAAAGGACGAUUGGAGUGCAUGGAUCAGUGCAGACAUCGGAAGGACUUGCUAUAUCGAGGCCAGUCACAAAGGCAGUUGUGGUUCCCGAAAACGUGGACUUGGGAUCCCUGUCGUCGAAGAUGCUACCGAACGGAAAACUAGUGCUCCUAGCUAAACGUGAAAAGAUUCCGGAGAGUCGGAUAAAAGAAGAAAGAAUUGAUGACCAGUUUACGCAUGUAUCGGAGUCUGAAGAGAUGGACUGCGACGAAAUUCCCCAAAACUCUUCAGACAGAAAGGAGGCCGAAAAGAAAAAGAGCCUCAAAGAUUCCCAAAACCAAGCCGAACCCAUGAAAAAUCCCUCGGCUCACAGGAGAAAAAAGAAUCGCGGAGAAAGCUUGUCCGAACGAUGUGAAAGUGAGUCAGAUCAUGAGCAUGAGUUUGAACAUGGAAGCGAGUUCAUGGAUCUGGCGACAAUUUAUCAAAUGUGCAACAUCAAAAAGCCAAUCGGAGAUCAGUGGCCUAAUUUAGAGUGAACUUAAUGAACUUGAAAAACUGCAGAACUGCGGAGCAAUAAGCAGAAUGGUCC